UUCUCUCCUUGCGUCUUUCAUUCUGAAUCUUUGCCUCGUCAGUGUUUUGUAGUGCCUGAUAUGCAGCACAAUCCUCGCUGAAACCUCAUAAUAGAAAUUAAAUCUUAUUAUAGAUGAGAGAAAAAAAACAACAGUUUUUGAAACCACAGCAGUGGGCAACAAAGAGGGCAUGAGGGCAUGUGAAGCAAAAAAAUGUGGAGCAUGAAGUGCUGAGACUGACAGUGCUGUGUGCUUUAGGUCUGUUUCUGCGAGAGAGGGAGGAGAUGCAGUGUGGAGAAUUUGUGUGCUGGAAGGAGAUUUAAGUGGAGAGCGAGAGCAGAGAGGCAGAGAAGGGACUGGGGCGAGAGUGGGAGCUGAAGACUGAGAGAGAAACAGGCAAGGGGGAAAGAGGAGUAAGGGAGCAUCGGAGUCGAGUCUGCUCCCGACCACCGCCUGUCGGAUCUCCAUGAGUUGACGGGCUGCUGCUGCUGCUGACUGGAGACUGGAUCCUUUUGCAGCACACACACCAGAGUUUCUCCGUGGCUAUGCGUUCAGCUUCCAUUAACCUCUGCUUGCUCCGGCGCUGGCACACGAGUGAAGGUUUGACCAGCUUUGCUCUGGACCUGACUCAAUACCCAUGAAACCCUGCCAACUCUGGCAUACCCUCCCCUCUCAUUAAGGUGCCCAGUUGGACUCCGGAGGCUGUUGCAGAACAGUGAAUUAAUUUAUCUGUUCGGGAAACCAGCUUGAAAUUAUAUGAACAUUGAGAAAUGGCACACUGUCCUGCCGGAAGCAGCCAUCUGAAAAUGGGUUCAUUGUGGUCAUAAAGGAAUGGACAUGGUCAACAACAACACUCAGAUGGGAAAUGCCUCCGAAAUUUUUCUGUUCGUGUCCAGAAUAUCAAAAGACAAUGACUUCGUCAUGGGAACACUCUACACCAUAUUUGGUGUGUUGUCCGUACUGGGGAACGGGAUCUUGCUGUUUGUGGCCUAUAGAAAGAAAUCCUCUCUGAAGCCGGCAGAGUUCUUUGUCGUCAAUCUGGCCAUCAGUGACUUGACCAUGACUAUAACUCUGUUUCCACUGGCCAUUCCCUCAGCCUACGCUCACAUGUGGUUGUUUAACCUGACAACCUGCACUGUCUAUGCCUUUUGUGGUGUUUUGUUUGGCCUGUGCAGUCUGUCAAAUCUCACGGUGCUCUCUUGCGUUUGUUGGCUCAAGGUCUGCUGUCCAAACUACGGUAACAAAUUCUCAUACUGCCAUGCCUCCCUACUCGUCGCGGGCAUCUGGUGCUACGCCGGAGUGUUUGCCGUGGGCCCACUGUCAGGUUGGGGAGAGUAUGGGGCUGAACCUUAUGGGACUGCUUGCUGCAUCAACUGGCACGCUCCCAACCACAGUUCUGCAGCGAUGAGCUACAUCAUCUGUCUCUUCUUCUUCUGCUACAUCGUUCCCUGUACUAUUAUAUUUCUGUCCUACACCUUCAUCUUGGUGACAGUGCGAGGCUCGCGGCAGGCCGUGCAGCAGCACAUGUCUCCACAGAACAAGAUCACCAAUGCACAUGCACUUAUAGUUAAGCUUUCCGUGGCAGUUUGCAUCGGUUUCCUCACGGCUUGGAGUCCAUAUGCGAUUGUUUCCAUGUGGGCAGCCUUUGGGAACGCAACAGACAUACCACCAAUGGCUUUUGCUUUGGCAGCCAUAUUUGCCAAGUCCUCCACCCUUUACAAUCCCAUUGUCUAUCUGGUCUUCAAGCCCAAUUUCCGCAAGUCUCUGUGUCGGGAUGUAGCUCACUGCAGAAGCACAUUCUGCAGAUGUUUUUGUCAACACAGCUCUGCACAGAAGGGAACUUGCAGGCAAUCUCAUCACAUUGACGAGUGCAACUCUACAAGGUUGUCUAACGGACUGCCAGAGAACCACCGGACCUGCAGACAUUGUCCUUACGCUGAAACGGUCUCCGGUGCCAAGGAAAAUUUCACAGAUUACAGUCCUCAACAGACUGCCAGAAUACUGAAAGGAUCUGUGCAAACCGAGGUCGCUGUCAGUCAGCUCUCCAAUGAGCUGCAGAGUGACUUUCUUUAAAGAGAGAAAAACGUCGCCUCAAAAACAAAAGCUGCCAAAAGAAACCAGCAACAAAAAACUGCAAGACGUUGGAUAAAAAAAAAAAAAGAAGCUAAUUGCAAUUUCAGGAAUAGUCAAAGGCUCAAGAAUUACUCACUGAUGAAAAAGACUAUUAUUCAGUAUUAUCAAGUUUCAAGCUUGUUCUAUGCCUCAAAUAUUUAAUACUGCCAAUAGAAAAGAAAAAACGAUUUAAAAAAAAAAUCAAGAUUUGAUCAUGCAGUUACAGUAAACAAUGUAAAAUAAGCAAGCUAACCAGUUCAGAUGGUAAAUUUGUCAGGUCAAAGUUACAAGCAUCAACUAUUGUAUUGCUCUGAACAAUCAACAUCAAGGAAGCAAGACUGAAGAGUCAAAAUGCAAAAUCAAUUUACGCUGGAUUUAGAGGGAGGAACUGAUACUGAAACUGACUACUCCCUAAUCAACCCUUUAUGUGUUUUUACAAGUACUGUACAUUGGGAUAUUUGUAUUUAUUAACACAUGCCUCAGACUGAAGGACAACAGGGUUGCUGCUCUUACCUAAAAGUAAGUAAAAAUCGUGUCCCGAUUGCUGUCGGAGAACAACGUUUUCAAAGCCUCAAUUAAUUUACCUACAAUUUGUCGAACUUGAGGUUCACCUUUUAAAAGUAGGUUUAUCAAAUAAAUAAAGAACAAUUCAAGCUCAACAGAGCUUCUUAUUGCCCUCAUAAAAAUGAACAUCCUAGUAACAGAGUAGCUUUCGUUACUCUGCAGUGUUAUGUCUCAUUGUCUAGGAAAAAUGUUUGGAUGGUUGGUUUAACAGCUCCUUUGGACCAAGUAGCUCAAUAUGGAUUGAAAAUGCCAACUUUACAUGAUUUUAUAAAUUAUGAUAAUUUAACGCAAAGUUGGCAUUUUUAAUGGACUUUCAAUGCAACUUU